AUGAACUCAACUAGUUCAUCAACAUCAACAUCAUCGUCAUCAUUUACUUCAACUAUACCAAAGAAUGAAAAUUCAUCAAGUAAAGCAACACCAUUCUACAGUGAUCAAGUUAUAUUUGUGGAUGGUAAAACUUAUGAUCGUAAAUUCACAAUUUCAAAAGCAUUUUUAGAUUUAGAAGAUCCACCAGGUGUUAAACAAUCAUUCCAUAAAUUUGUUCACAGAAAUAGAAUCUUAAUAUUCUCAUUAAUUUUACUUUAUUUUGCAAUUGAUGGUAAAAAUCAUGGUAUCAAUAAAUUAGUUCAUCAUGCAUCAGUUCUUAAAACAAUUUUUGUAAAUCCAUUUGAAUUAAUAAUUGAUUUAACUGUAAUGUAUGCAAUGUCAUUUUUAAUGGCAUUAUUUAAUUUUUGUUAUCAAAAUAAUUAUUUUAGUAAAUGGUUAUUUAGAAAGGAUAAUAAGAUAGCAUUAUUUUCAUUUUAUUUAAUUGUGCAAUUAAUUAUUGGAACAUGGUCAGCUUAUUUCAUUCUAUAUCGUCAAAUCUAUCCAUUGGGUACUCAAUUCUAUUUAGGUUUAGUAGCAAUUGUAUUAUCAUGGAAACAACACUCUUAUUUCAUUGUAACAAAUUAUGAAGUAUUACAUAAAAAAAAAAUUAAUAAUAAAGAUUUAAUAAUUCAUAAGAAAACUGAUAGUGAUAAUAAUAAUAACAAUAAAAAUACUAAAGAUGAGGAAUUAAAAAUAAUAGAAUUUAAUAAAGAAAUUGCAAAACGUCAAAUUAGUUAUAAUGAAGAUUUUAAAACAAUUUGGGAGGUUUCAAAGGAUUAUUUUAUAUUUUUAUUUACACCAACUUUAAUUUAUGAUCAAUAUUAUGAAGUUAGAAAAGUAUCAAAAACAUUAAAACCAGAACCAUUAAAAACAAGAAUAAUUUCAAUGCUUAAAGAAUUGUAUUCUUCAAUGGUUAUUAUGAUGACUGCUCAUUAUAUAAAUGUUGAAUAUAUUUUUCCAGUUUUAACAGAGGAAUUGAGUUUAUACUCAUUCCUUAAAAUCAUAAUUCCCACUGAAAUUAAUUUUCAAUUACAAUAUUAUCUAUUGUAUCAUUGCGCUUUAUCAUUAUUGGCAGAUAUAUCAGGUUUUAAUGAUAGAUUAUCAUUUUACAAUGAUUAUUGGGCAGCUGUUACAACAAAAUCAAUUCUAACUCAAUGGUCAAAGCCUGUUCAUAAUUGGUUAUAUAGACAUAUGUUUUCUGAUAUGAAAUCAUUAUUAAAAGUUAAAACUGUGAUUUGUUUAUUUACAACAAUGAUAUUUAGUGGAUUCUUUCAUGAAUUUAUUGUAACUUCAAUAACAAAACAAGUUUGCAUGCCAUGGUCAACAUUUAGUUUAAUAUCAUGUGCUCUGUUUAUUAUGGUGGAAAAUAAAUUUCCAAAAUUAACCAAUAGUGCUUAUUAUCAUGCUUUUGUCAGAUUUCUUUUAGUUGUUGGCCAUGGUUUAUUUUAUUUCUCUUAUUUUUAUUUCUGGUUUUCAGAAUAUGAUAUUGGGUAUUAUAGAACAUGUAUGAAAUUAUAA